AUGGAGAAACAAAUACCUGACUCCGUUAUUCUUGAGGUUUUUAGUUACCUAACUAAAAGAGAACUUGGUGUUGUGGCCCAAGUUUGCUGGCGCUGGAGACGCAUAGCUUACGAUCGCUCGCUUUGGUUCGUUGUUGACAUGAAUGAUUUCUGGCCUGCGAUCGAUGAGGAGACUUUGUUGAUGUUGAUCCGGACGCGCCUAUCUUCGGCAAAAGCAUUAAAUCUGGGAGGCUGUACACUCACGGCAAAGGUUGCAAAAGAGCUUGCAAAAAGGUGCUAUCAGCUGCGCAGUUUGGUCUUUUAUGGAGCUGAAGUUGAGAGCGAAACGAGCCACGAAGGAAUACGCGACUUCCCAACGGGUUUGGAGUUGAUGGACUUGCGCUACUCGUGGGGAAAUUUCAAGUUUAUGAGGCGAUUACCGAGGCAUUUUACUCAAAUGAGAUACGUAGGGCUGGGAAUGGACUCAUCAGAAAGUCUUGUGCCUGAUGUUUUCGCUAAAAUGAGAAACUUAAGGAUUUUGGAUUGCACAGAUUGCGAGACUUUGACCGAUGACGCACUUCUCAAGAUCUCCGUGAACUGCCCGCAUUUGGAAUCGAUUUGCUUGAACGAAUGUAAAAACUACCGAGGCAAGUACCUCCAUCGGGUCCUCAACAACUGUAGAUUAGUUUCUACACUUCUUAUACGCUUUACUAAGAUAACAGAUGAAGCAUUGAUGGCGGUAAACUGGGAAAAAACGGCGGUGAAGGAACUCGAUUUAACAGGAUGUUAUUUCGUGACCACAACCGGACUUUCUAACGUGAUUUCUCGCUUGCCGGACAUUCGUUACUUCAAAAUGAACCAAUGCGGAUUUCGGCACAUUCUUCACUUGAGAAUCUAUCAGGAAGUAAGGCCGACAUUGGCGUACAAAUGUCUAGAAACUCUGGAUCUCCGGUGGAACUUUCUCCUGUCUGCGGAAUGUUUGGAGGGCGUUCUGCAACAGUCCCCCUCCUUGAGGUACUUGGGGGUGAGUCACUCCCCGAGGGUACCUCCGUCAGUCAUUGCAGAAAUGUUUAAAUUUGUUUCCAAAUUGAGGAUUUUGGAGUUUGGACCUCUUCGAAAGGAGGCUCUUUCAGAGAGCCCCCUGGUACCUAAUUUGAUCAAAAUGUGUCCCCUCAUAGAGGCUGUGUCCCUGAUCAAUUUUAAGCUCAUUGAUGACACUGAUGGGGACUUGGUUCAGGAGCUAAGAGAAAAAUGUACACACCUCAGAGAGGUAAAGUUAUGCAGUCCCCGAAUUGAGCAUGUGGCCAUUGGAAACAGUGGAGAAACCAUUACAGUGGAACGCUUGCUUAUCAGAAUGGAGAGUCUUUUACCCAGUCCUGAAAAUACACUUGGCAAGGUUAUCAACAAAUUGCAUGUAUAG